AUGGGAAAUGCCAUCCAGUGCUGUCACACGUUACUAAAUUGCAUCUGGGGUAAGGAUGCUUCAACGAGGGGCGAGGCAGAGAGGUCCCCUCUGCUAUCCAGGGAGGGGAGCGAAUGUGACUCGCCGACCCUGCCGGAUGACCUGGAGGAUGACAUGUUGACCUCGUCCACCGCUGUCACCAAUGCCACUCUGGAGCGAGAUCAUUUCUUGUUCCCUGACAUCAUCCUUAGCAGCAGCCUGGGGGGAGACGUGGCCCUGGUUGAACCAAUGGUGUGUCUCCUGGUGUCUGAGGAAGAUGGGGAGGAAGGAGGAGCAGGAGGCACUGGCGUUGGUGGUGAGGGUGUAAGAAUGGGCGAGAUAGGGGAUGAGAGAUGGGUGAGGAGCAGUGGGGGGAGAAUGAGGCUGUACACCGAGGUGGAGACUCAGACGGAAGUGGAGACGCAGACUGGGACGGGGGUGCAGACGCAGACAGAGUGCGAGGCAGAGGUACACACGCGAACGGAGACAACAACUCUCAGCAAGAGGAAUGUCGAGAGAGGGACGCACACUGAAGUAAGGCCACAAACUGAACCUGAGACUCCGGAGGGGACUGUGGCUUCUCUAUGGGGAGAAAGUGAAGUGCAAAAGCAGGUGGAGAAGCUGCGACAGGCCAAUCUAGACACACAAAUGUUAUCUUAUAUGCGUCCAGAGAAAUGUACGAGGACAAAAAUACCAUCAGAGAAGCAGACGUCAAGAGAUGCCGAGGCCUACAGAGAUGCAAAGGUUUAUAUACGAUCAGAGGUGUCAGCAAAGAUGGAGCUGCAGAGCAAGGGAGGCACGCUGGAUCCUGGGAAAUCAGACAAGGAAGGUGAGAAAGGAGAACUGAAUAACAACUGCACACAUCAUGAACCAACUACCACGUUAACACAAGGAAGUUCGUCGUUUGGAUACCAUACUAUUGGACUUAUAAAAGAGGCGAUGACUGAUAGCAGGCAGGAUGCAAAAGAAGGCUAUGUGUUUGAGUUGCAGCAGAAUGCUGCCAUAAAGGACCUGACUACCGCUCAGGAAGUUGCACACAUUCAUUGGACAGAUCACAGCACCUCCCAGACACAGGGGCAUGUCCCAGAUGAGCAGACCUCAGUGAUGCUGCUGACAGAAGAGGGUGUAAAUAGAAAGGAACAAAAUCGUGUUUCAAAGAAACAGGAAGCUGUUGUGACCAAGCAGAAUGUUCACGUAACCAAACAAACCCACGACAACUUCGAAACACAGACAACAGAGACCUCUGAUCUUGAAGAUACAGAUGGAGGCCAGACAGAUCAGGACACUCACCAGGCAAACCUGAAUGUGGAACAGGCGGGACAGGGGACUGUUCACAUGCAGCAGAAUGUAGAUGAGAUGGCGCAGAGUGUUGCAGGAAAACUGAAAGUUCAUCUCUCCACAGACCACACAGACCAGAGGAUUUCUCAGACAGAUGAGAAUGCUGAGCCAUCGGAUCACAACAUCCAUACAAAGCAGAUAGUUCAUCAUACGGGGCAGAAUAGCAUCCGGACCGAGGGCAGUCUGAGCAGCACGGGAGAGAAAGCUCAGCAUGUGGACCCGAUCAGUGUUUGUGUUGAGCAGUACCAAAGGAAGACAGAGCCAUGCCCCACUAAGAUGGAGCAGAAUGAGGACAAGGCCGGCCUGCAGGAUGCUGUAGAGUUGGAGACGACUGAGGGAGGGGCUGAAAGGAAGCCUUUCACUUUGUUUUUAGUCGACAAGCUGUUUACGGCAGCCUCGGGUAUCAAAGCACCACUGGGCAAAAGUGAUGAAACGUCCAUGAAUGACAAUUCAGAUGUGUCACAUACCACAAAGGAGGAGGAGGAACAAGGCAUCCAGGAAGUGGUCAGCCUCCACGAGAUGGGAUUUAGCGUCAAAAUCCAGGCUCCUGGAACAGAGAUAUUUGAGCUACAGGUAUCAGGCCAGAUGCUGGUGGCGGAGCUUCAUCAAGUGUUGAUGGACCACGAGCUGACCUGCCACCGCACCUGCUUCUCUCUACAGCUAGGGGGCACCGUGCUGGACAACCUCGCAGAACUGCGCUCAAUCCAGGGCGUCCAGGAGGGAGCGCUCGUCAAGGUGGUGGAGGAUUCUUACACGGUGCGUGAUGCUCGCCUUCAUCUGAGACAUGUCCGGGACCUUUUAAGGAGCCUUGAUCCCACGGAUGCACACAACGGACUCAAUGGCAGCUCACUGUCCUACCUCAGCCUUUACACCCAAGGAGAGAUGGGUAAUAGUGCUGGGAAGAGGCGUUCUUCGGGGAAGACGUCUGUUGACUGCAGCCCUCCGGAAUACAUCCUCCCCGGAUGCAAGGACCGCCCCCUUAACCCCCUGCACCCAAAGAGAGAUGACUGGAAGCCUUUGCAGUGCCUGCGGGUCCUGACCAUGAGCAGCUGGAAUCCGCCUCCAGGGAACAGAAAGAUGCAUGGAGACCUAAUGUACAUCAACAUUGUGACCAUGGAAGACAGAGACCUCAACGUUACCUCCUCUACUCGCGGCUUCUACCUCAAUCAGUCCACUGCCUUCACCUUUAACCCCAAACCUGCGGUUCCUAAAACCCUAUGCCAUUCCCUGGUGGAGCUGUUAAGCCAGGUCAGUCCAGUCUUCAGGAAAAACUUCGGUGUCCUGCAGAAGAGGAGGGUCUCACAGCACCCUUACGAGCGCAUAGCCACUCCAUUCCAAGUUUACACCUGGAUUGCCCCUCAAGGGGACCACACCCUUGACUGUGUCCGAGCGGAGGAGACACACACCAGCCGCAUGGGCCAGGAUGAGCACACGGCCGGACAGAGUCGGGACUGGAAUGAGGAGCUGCAGGGCUGCAGGGAACUCCCGAGGAGCAACCUUCAGGAGCGCCUGAACAGAGAGAGGAACAUAUUCAAGACCAACAGCGACUUUGUUGCAUCCGCGACACAAGGUGCCAUAGCAGUUGUCGAUGGCAAUGUCAUGGCGAUAAACCCAGCGGAGGAGCCUCGAAUGCAGAUGUUUAUCUGGAACAGCCUCUUCUUCAGCCUAGGCUUCGACAUAUCCGACCACUACCGCCCUCUGGGGGGCAACACUGCUGCCCAUGCUGCUGCCAUCUGUGACCUGAGAGGGGUGCAGGCAUAUGCAUCCGUUGACGUAGAGGGGCUUCACACACUUGGAACAGCAGUGGUGGAUUAUCGCGGUAACCGUGUUAUAGCACAAACCAUUGUUCCUGGGAUACUGGAGAAGAAUCAGGAGCAGAUUGUGGUCUAUGGCUCCAAUGACAAUGGAAAAACUGUUCUCACACACCCACGGUUUCUGGAGCUGCUGGAUAAAACCAGUGGACCCCUGAGAAUUAAUCGCCACCUUGUGCUCGACCACAACCACAGCCCAGUGGAGCUAUGCUCGGGCGUCGAGACCAAGGGCAUCCUGGGUAACGAUGGACGACACUACAUCCUGGACCUUCUUCGGACCUUCCCGCCAGAUGUCAACUUUCUGUUCUCAGACAAACAGGAAGAGGUGCCAAAAGAAUGCCAGAUGUUUGGUUACCCACGGCAACAUCGGCACAGCCUGUCCAGUCUGAGACCCGAGCUGAUAGAUGCCUUCGUCCAGCACAGGUAUGAAAUGUUCCUCAAUAUGGUUUCACUGGGACUCGACCAACGGGAAGGAGGUCCCAAGAGUCAGGAGCAGGUUGGUGAUUCAGCCACCUUGACCCAGGACAGGGACAUCAGGCAGAAUGAAGAGCUGAUCACUGCCACAGCAAGAGAAGACAUGGAUUUUCAAAGAAGACAGGUGAUCAUGGAUGCUUGUAAGACCGUUGGCUCUAUUAGCAAUUCGUGCUUCGACAUCCGCUUCAAUCCUGAUGUCUGCUCUGCAGGUUUGCGCUUCCCCCCUGAGUGUGCUGAAGAAGUUCAGAAACAAAAGAGGGUGUUAAGGGACGCUGCCGCCUUCCUCCUGUCCAGUCAGAUUCCAGCAGUGCUGAGGGACUGUCUGGACCAAACGGUUGUGCCUAUGGAUGGAGCAUCCCUGACCGCAGCAUUACACCAACAGGGUGUGAACAUACGCUACCUUGGGACCCUGCUGGAGCAAAUGGAGAGGAUGGAGGGGAAAGAGAGACUCAGGCACAUAAAGAGAAUCUCUAUCAGUGAACUGAUCAUCCGAAGUGCAAAACACAUAUUCAAGACCUUUCUACAGGGUGUGGAAUCCGCGGCUUUCUCCGCUGCUGUCAGUCACUUCCUGAACUGCCUCCUGAGCUCCUCUUCCUCAUUUCCAGACUCCGUCUCGGAUGAGCUCCUCUCUCGUCGCAGGAGCCGACGUCGGCGUAGCCACGGAAGUCGUGUCGCCAUGGUGGCAGACAGUUUGUGGGCCAGACUGACCCCCGGUGCCCUCUGGGCCAAGAUCAGGACCGAGGCCAAAGAUUAUUACCACUACACAAUUCAUAGUGAAAGUAUUGAAGAAGUUAUCGAGCAACACAGCCUUCAGAAGACCUCCCUUCUACGAGAGCUUGCCAUCAAAACAGGUAUCCAGGUGCGGUUGAGAGAAUAUGCAUUUGAGUCUCGUCACAAGCCGGUGUUCGGAGAAGAGGACGUAGUCAACAUGUUCCCCGUGGUCAAACACAUCAAACUCACAUCUUCCAAUGCCACACAGCUCAUGCAGCAGGCCCAGCUGGCAGUACAGCAGGGGCUCCUCAAAGACGGUUACGAGUUAAUAAGCCAGGCCCUAACCCUCUUCAGCAGUGUUUGCGGGGUCCUCCAUGAGGACAUAUGUAUGUGCCUGCGUCUCCUGGGGCGGCUCAGCUACGUCUUGGGAGAUUAUGCAGAUGCCCUCAGCCACCAGGAGAAGGCUGCCAUGAUAAGUGAGAGAGUGCAGGGUAUAGAUCAGCCACAGACAAUACAGGACUAUACAUACCUGGCCCUGUAUUGCUUUGCGGGCGGACAGCAGUCCACCUCCUUGCGGCUCCUGUACCGCGCACGUUACCUCUCUCUCCUUGUGAGCGGAGAAGACCACCCUUAUGUUGCCCUAUUGGAUAGUAUGGUGGGCCUGGUGCUUCAUGGACUUAUGGAGUAUGAGCUAUCGCUGAAGUUUCUACAAAAUGCCUUAAUCUUAACGUCCAGAUAUCAUGGUGAAACAUCCCUCAAACAUGCACACAGCCAUCACCUGCUUGCCACUGUCUAUGAGAGUAAAGGAGAGUUUCGUUCAGCCCUGCAGCAUGAGAAGGAAGCUUACUCAAUAUACAAGAGCCAGGUGGGUGAGAACCAUGAGAGUAUGAGGGAGAGCUCAGAGUAUCUGAAGAGUCUCACCCAGCAGGCUGUCAAUCUACAGAAGGCUAUCAACCAUAUUUACACCAACUCAGCCAGUGCGUGUAUUCCACCACCGAAGUUUUCCACACCCAGCCUUCCUGUGAUUCUUCAGCAACUCAACCUAACUUGUGGCAUCAUUCUUAUUCCACUUAGUGUAAAAGAAAUCACAGCUCUAAGGACUAAGUUGAAAGGGAAGGACAAGGCUCAAUUGCUGGAGCUGGAGAACCAGUUAAAGCCAAAAGACUUGAAAUCUGCAAAUGACUGA